AUGUCUCUCAAGGUCGCCGUCCUCGCCUGCGUGGCUGUCGUCGCUCUGUGCGACAAGGCCCCAGUCCAAGAUCCCCUCCCCCCCGUCUACACCCCUAGACCUGCUUACCAUGCCCCUGCACCUUACCACGCCCCCGAACCCGCCUACCACGCCCACGCACACUACGAGCCCGAAUAUCCUGCUGUGCCCCCGAAGUACAACUACAACUACGGUGUCGCCGAUAGCUACUCCGGCGUCAACCUCGGUCACACGGAGUCCCGCGACGGCUACAAGACCGAGGGCAGCUACACCGUGGACCUCCCUGACGGCCGCAAGCAGAUCGUCAAAACACACCAUAGAAACUUGAAAUUCACAAAAUGUUUGACUUAA